UAACAGUGCUGACAGAGCUAACAUUGCUAACCUGGGGGGGGGGAUUUAGAGGGUGGGCACACGAUUUUAAAGACCAAAUAAAUAAUUGUUUAUUCAAGAAAGUACUUUGCAGAUGAAUUGAUAAUUAAAAUAAUCCUUAGUUGCAACCCCUAGUGUCCAUAUACAGUAUAGUGACAUUACAAUAAUCCCAAAAUGUGGGAUCUCUUUCUGUGUCCAAACACAGGUAGUUACUUUGCCCGGGACGCAAAAUACUCCCACAACUACACCGGUACCGCUGACGUCAAAUCCUUGUUCAUCUCACGGGUGCUGGUGGGAGACUACACCAAAGGGUCCUCCAGCUACCGCCGACCUCCUUCCAAGGACGGCGGGGACAUAAACUUCUUUGACAGCUGCGUAAACGACGUAACGGACCCUUCCAUUUUCGUUGUGUUUGAGAAGCUCCAGAUCUACCCCGAGUACCUGCUGCAGUACAAGACCAUGCACCCACUUGUUGCUUUAUAUGGUGCUGCGGCAGUACCAGCACCGGCACCGGCAGCGGCAGUACCAGCACCGGCACCGCCACCGGCAGCGGCAGCGGCGCUUGCACGAGCACCGGCACCGGCACCGGCACCGGCACCGGCACCGGCACCGAGACCAUCACUCUAUCAACUCGGUACAUCAGUUACUCAACCCAGCACACCCUCAUACCAACCCAGCACAAACCCAUUCAGACCCAGUACAUUAGUUACUAAACCAAGCGCACCCCCAUUCAGACCCAGCACAGACCCAUUGAGCCCCAGCACAGACCCAUUCAGCCCUAGCACAGACCCAUUCAGACCCAGCACAGACCCAUUCAGACCCAGUACACCCUCAUUCAGACCCAGUACAUCAGUUACUAAUCCCAGCACACCCUCAUUCAGACCCAGUACAUCAGUUACUAAUCCCAGCACACCCUCAUACCAACCCUUCAGAACAUCAAUGCAACCCACCAGGGCAUCUCCUCUACCUUCCCCAACAAGCCCGCACCCAAAGAAAAAUAAUUGCGUCAUUGCUUAGGGACACAGGUGUAGUGAGGGCAGAUGUUUUUUUAAUAGUUUAAUGACAUUAGAAGGAGCUUGAUGGUGUUUGCACAGAAUGCUCUGGCAACGAGUAGAGUGACUUUUAUGCAGUAGUGUCACCAAUGCCUAGUUCACACUACACAACUUUAGCCCUGAUUUUCCGAUCCCAAACAGUUUGUGGAGCUCCCCGACAAAAAAGUCUCAGAUCAGAGGCAUAUCAGCGUUGGCUCGCCUCUCGUCGCCUGUAACAAUAGGAACUUACUGUUUGUCGGGGUUCCAGCGGGGUCUUAAAAAGUCUUAAAAAGUCUCAAAUCCAAUAACCUGAAUUUAAAGGCCUAGAAUUUAUUGGAGCACACCCGUUUCAUGUGCAGUCUAGGGAAGUGCAGGGUUUUUCCUGCAAAGAGAAUUACGAGGCGGCUGCCUCCGUCAAAUUUCUCCCCGCCUCCAGCUUUCAACAAAACUCUUGACGGGUGUCUUCAUGGAAAACACUAUUUUCUAAUAACAAGCAUUGCACCUGAUGGAUUUCUGUCAUUUGUAACUGCAAUUGCGGCAUUACUCCGAUGUGUUGGCGCUGUAUCAUAACCAGCAUAGUGAACCCUCCCCGUCUCCGGUCAUUCAUGUGUGAACCGUAACGACUAAAGACAGGAAGUUGUGUAGUGUGAACGGUACGGCGAUAAUAGAGUGCUUAUUUUUAACACUAAAAUUAUUAAUCACAAAAAAAACUACGGUGAACUAGAAAUAUUAAUACCAAGUUCACAGUAGCCAAAUGUUUGUUUUGUGCACUGAAUCAAUAAAUAAGUGCAACACGGGAACACUAUUUUAUCUUCAGGUUUGCAUUAUACGGCCAUGUUUGUUCCUGUUGGAGCUGCAGGUCUCUCUCCGUCUUUCUCUGUGUGUCUCAUAAGUGAAUUGAAAAUGCCACCAGCGGUCGGGUUGAGCCUCUUAGUGAAAUGAGGCAGGGCAUGAAAAAUGAUCAAUAUAGCUGCUGGUGCUUCCUGUGACAUUAGACAUUAGGCCUGCAAAUCACCCCCCCUCCUCACAACACACACACACACACACACACACACAUAGUAGUAUACAUACACUAGCAACCGCCGCCUGUUGUGUUUCGUGACAGACUGCAGUGUGAAUGUGAAUAUGUUUGCAUGUUAAGAUGACACAUGCACCAUGAUGUUUUCAUUUAAUCAAUCCACAUGCUAAAACAUGCAUUGCUUUUCGCUAAAGCUAACUAAAUCUGACUUUAUGCAAUGAUUUAUAUUUACUGUAUGAACAUUAAGACAAUUUGUUCUAAACCAGAAUACAUUUUUCUUUUCCAUGUUUUUUACUGUUUGCAGACAGACCACCAAACCUUGGUCCAGAUGUACUUGUGCAAUGUAAACAAUCCUAGCAGAACAUUUCAUUGAAAUAAACCACUGUUGUUUGGAUCAAAGA